UGAUCAUCAGCUCCAAAGAGCUGACGCGUCCCUUACGUAUACCAAAAUUACCAAAGACUCAAAACCACGUUUAUCGUUGUUGUACCAACCACUUACUUGUUAAACAAAAUAGUUUUACUGUAGCUUCCACUAGUUCUCUCGUAGUUUUAAGACAUUUGUUAAUAAUCCAGGACAGCACAGACGUUGAUUGCAGGUUACAAGUUUUCAUAAUGAAGCCUUUGAAGUUAUUUGACCACAAGAAGCUUCUUACUCUUGUGCUUUUUCAAAUUAGCUGCAUCGCAGAAGCGAGAGAUGUCGACUACGUCACUUGUGGCUCCGUUACUAAAUUGAUGAACACAAAUUACAAUGUAAGAUUACAUUCGCACGAUAUUAAAUAUGGCACGGGAAGUGGACAACAGUCAGUUACGGCUGUUAAAGCCAUGGAGGAUGGCAACUCGUACUGGGUCAUCAAGGCUCCAACUGGAAAACAUUGCACGAGAGGAAAACCAAUUAAAUGUGCGGAUAAGAUACGCUUGGAACACUUGUCCACUAAAAAAAAUCUCCACUCUCACCAUGUUAGCUCACCUUUAAGUGGUAAACAAGAAGUUUCAGCUUAUGGAAAUCAUGGAGAGGGUGAUACUGGUGAUCAUUGGCUAGUUGUAUGUCCUGGAGAGUAUUGGGAAAGAGAUGAGCCAGUAAUGUUCAAACACAUGGAUACAGACGCAUACUUGGGAGUAACAGAACGGACUUAUGGUUCUCCAAUCAACGGCCAAAGCGAGGUGGUUGGAGAUUAUUCUACUGACAGCAAUGUAUGGUGGCAAGCCAUGGAAGGUGUCUUCAUAAAUUCAGAUAUCAAGUCGCAUCUGAACACACACACUGAAUUGUGAUUUAUAAGCAUAUUCAAUCGGAGUGAUUUAUUUGAAUUGAAUUUUUUUUUUGUAGCAAAUUACUUGAGAAAACUGUACGAAAUACUUUUAUACGUGUUAUUGUGAGUGAAGUGUACAUAUUUACCACAGGUGGUUUAAAAUGAAAUUAAGUUUUAUUCAUAAUCAUAUAAGUUGCACUUAAACAAGAGUUCUUUUUUUUUCUUUUUUUUUUAGUGAAGUAACACUAAUUUCCAAUAUGAAAAAUAAAAAUA